AUCCAGAUGCAACAAUACCGGUGUCCGGAGGUCAUUCUAGGCACCAAGUGGGGAACUAGUGUAGAUUGUUGGAGUGUUGUGUGUGGUAUGUUCACCAACAAUGGCUCAGAGCUCAUUGAUCCCACACCAGGCCCCCGGAACAGCAAAGAUGAUGACCACAUCACCCAGAUCAUAGAGCUUCUGAAAGAAUUC